GUAGGGAUCCCACCCAAGGCCAAACUUCACAAAUGGAUAGCACUACCAGUAAUCCCAUUGAAUGUAGAAUAUCCAAAACGUGGAAGCUAGUGCUUUUUUUGAGAUGCAAUAUGCAAUAUUAGGUUUAAUUCAGCAAAGCAACUGAGAAAGGAAGAUUUUUUGGCUGCAUAGGACAUGAGUGGGACAGGAACGGCUGACUUCUUCUAUAGAGAAGCUCAGCGCCUGGGCUAUGUUGCACGGUCUGCCUUCAAGCUACUGCAGAUGCAAAAGCAAUACAAAUUGAUAAUACCUGGGGCAUCUAUUCUUGAUCUUGGUUGUGCUCCGGGUGCAUGGCUUCAGGUAGCUUGUCAGAGCUUGGGUCACUUGAAAAAUGGUGGGGCUGUUGUGGGUAUUGAUCUAAAGAAGGUGAAAGUUCCUUCUCUUCAUUGUGAUGCAAGAGUACAAACUGUUUGUGCUGAUGUCAUGAAUCUUCUGAAGAAUGAAGCUAGGGCACUCUCUCCUCAGGGAACAGGAUUUUCUGUGAUACUAUCUGAUAUGUGCCCCCUUGUUUCUGGAAUCACAACUAAAGACGCUGCUUUAUCUGUUGAGUUGGGGAUGCGGGCACUAGAUUUGGCCAUUGGCAGAGCUGCCUUUUAUCAUCUGGACAAUAGUAAUGCUGAGGAGUUAUAUGGUUCCAGUUCUGGCGUAGAUGAGAAUGGCAUUCUGCAACCUGGGGGAAAUCUUGUAGUUAAGCUUCUUGAAAGUGAAGAUGUUAAAGACUUCAGCCAAAUCUGUAAACCACUUUUCAAAAAGGCAUCAUGGUUAAGACCCAAAGCAACAAGGUCUUCUUCUAGAGAGAUAUAUUUGAUUUGUCAAGGUUUGCGGUAAGGAAUUGUGGCAAUCAAACUGAGCCUAUGUUGGGAUUCAUUUUACCAGAUUUUGGAGGCUAAAUAUCAAUGACAUGCAAUCAAGAUCAUAGAAAAGACCUAUCAUCUCAAA